AUGGACCAGUCUGUGCAGGAGCUGUUUCUGAACUUCACAGUAGUCUUGAUCACUGUGCUGCUCAUGUGGAUCCUAGUCAAGACCUACCAGGCCUGAACCACCAGGGGACAGAUACAGGGGGAGAGAGAUGAAGGGCUGAGAAAUGGUGGAACUGGGUGGUACAUUUCAAUCCAGUUACUGCAGUUGCAAACAAUCUUGAAAGCUUACUGGGCGACAGGUAGCCUAUUGGUUAGAGAAGUGGGCCAGCAGCCCGGGUUGCUGGCAUCAUCCUAGAUGCCAUUGCCUGCUGUUGUGUCCUUGAGCGAGGCACUUGACCCCCUACAAUUUCUCUGCGGCUGAUCCAUGCGUCUGACCUAUUGCUUCCAGUCCCUCGUCUGUGUUUGUCUCAGGGGUUUGGGGUGUGAGCAUAAAGAGACAUUUCCAUUAACGGACCACAUAGCGAAUGGACAAUAUAGCGAACGGACAAUAAAAUACAAUACAUCUUAUAUUAUCUUAACUCUGAAACAUAGCAGUUGCACAUGGUCCCUGAGAAAUGAAGUGAAUACAAGAAAUGGAAAGGUAUAGAUAUAGCUUCACUGCUUCAGCUGUUUGAUAAGAAAGACAUGCAGUUCCUCACUCCUGCCUCUUAGAGGGACUGUAGUGUUGGAGAUGAGUUGGCAAGCAUUCUGUUUACAUGCUCUACAAUAAAAAGAA